GGGAGGGGAGGGGGACAGAGGAGAGAUAGGAAGGGUAAGGUACUAUGAUGAGUAGCCAGGCCGUUCAGUCUGGAAUAAAACGUGAUUCACCUACACAAAUGACUGAGAUUUUAAAAUUUCCGCAUUUACCCUGCAAUCCGGCAAAGUUCCUUUCUCUUUGGUAAAAUACCUCCGCCGCAGCGGAUUCUUGCAAUUUUGUUUUCGAGUGGAAAAUAAUUCCAUUUCUAAUCCCCCUCCAUUGAUCCAUGUCUCGGGUCACAAGAUCAGUAUUCAAUGAAAGUAUCUUGUCAAUAAGCCGUCUACUCGCGGGAUACGAAUCAUGGGUACAAUUACAUUUCGAUGGAAUUCAGGUGACCCCUGACCAUGCUAAAUUCAGAUUUCACGCAGAUCACAACACACUCUGGCUAAACAUGAAGAUUGUUGUGAUACUUUCGCCGCUUCUGUUUCUCGCCUGUGAUGAAAUCCUAACUUCGGAGGCUGCAGUACUUCCGAAUUUUUAUCCGUUUGGACAGAGUGAAGGCGAUCAGGUUCUUCCACAAAAUGACGACCAGAGCUCUGGGACAGUGCCGAUUUCGAUUCAAUUUCCUUUUUUUGACCAGAAUCACAAUUCCCUCUUUGUCAACACCAAUGGUGUUAUUUCUUUCCUGGUGCAAGUCUCACAAUACACACCAGAUGCUUUUCCUCUAGGCGAUAAUCGUCGGCUAGUGGCGCCAUUUUGGGCCGACGUUGACACACGAAAAGGAGGAGAUGUGUUCUACAGAGAGACCACAGAUCUUAACCUCCUGCAGCAAGCAACUAACGAUGUGACUGCUACAUUUGUGGACCAAAGAAAGUUCAAAGCCACCUGGUUAUUAAUAGCCACGUGGCACGAUGUGGCUUUCUAUGGCGCUAGUGGGAAUUAUACAAAUAAGAGGAACACUUUCCAGGCGGUCCUAAUUUCGAAUGGAAGGCAUUCUUUUGUAACUUUUAAUUACAACAAAAUCACUUGGACAACUGGUACGGCCAGCUCAGGAAAUGAAACUGGACUCGGAGGUACCCCGGCACAGGCGGGCUUUAACGCUGGUGACGGUAGACGAUUUUUUAGUGUCCCUGGGUCUCGUACUCAUCAAGUUAUUAACCUACCUACACAGUCUAAUGUGGGAAAUCCCGGUCGGUGGAUGUUCCGUAUCGACAGUGCGAAAAUCGAGGCUGGUGGCUGCAACACGAAAGGUUCGCUCGUGGUUUCACCUCGUACUGGAAUUAUGCUUGGUGGUGAUAACCUUUUUAUAGCUGGACCCUGCUACCAACCAUCGGAUGUAAUCGUCUGUGAAUUUGCUGGCGGGAAAAGAAGCAACGGAAGUUAUAUUAGCAAUAUCCGGGCAUCCUGUACCGUGCCCAUGCUUUACGUUACAGGCAGGUUGGCACUUAAAAUGUCAGUCAAUGGGGGAACGAGUUUUGAUUUUCAAGCAGUUAUUACAAUUGUAAACAUCAAAAGGUUCACGCCUCGCGUUGUCAGGCUGUUCGAAAACAUGUGGCAAGAACAGAAUCGAUUGCAGAUCACAUGGGAUCCAGGUCAGCUUGGAAGUGAAAAUCAGAAAGUGUCUGUCCAAUUAGCACGUUUUUCCAUGAGAACUAGCGACGUGGUUUUUGACAGUAUGUUUACUUUGGUGGCAGAGCAGGCUAACACAGGAGAGGGCCAGUUUAUUGUACCAAAAGGAAAAGGUCAAGGGGCUGCUGUUGGGGACGGCCGUUUCAUUACACUAGUGAUGGUGAAAAAAACUGGACACAGUAGCGGUAAUUCCCCGGCCGAGUGGAUCUGGAGCGAUUUGUUCUCCUGGAUCAGUUAUGAGUUUGGCAAAGAACGAUGCAAGCACUGGUACAGAAAUCAGCCUCACCCAAAGAUAUACUUAGAUGACCCUUCCCUGCUUCCAUGCCCACAAACCCUUGUGCAAGCAAUGGCGGAUCGUGGGCGAUUCACGAUGGAUGAAUAUUGCAAUCCUGAUGCUGAGGAACACUGUGUGCGUUAUCAUUAUAAAGCCACGCACUGCUUUAGGACGAACACACCCAGUAAUCAAGGUGCAGGACAGCAAUGUUGCUACACUGGUCAGGGAAACUUGAUGGUUGGCUCGCCAAACAGAGGAUCACUGGAUCGUUUUCAUAUUGAGGCGGGAGUACCAGUCCUCUCUCAUUUCUUUCAUGACCUUGUGCCAUAUUUGGAUUGUUGUCUGUUUUCUGACAACUGUGGAAAGUACUUUGAAAAAAGACCUUCAGAUGAUGGCUCCAAUUACGAACCUCCAAGACCAGCCACUGGAUUCGGAGAUCCUCACAUGAUUACACUUGAUGGAGUGGAAUACACCUUUAAUGGAUACGGCGAGUACCAAAUCCUCCAGGUAGCGGGCUCUGAUUUCCAACUACAAGGACGAAUGCAGCCUCUGAUCAAUGAAGAUGGCAGCAACAGCCGUGCUACAAUUUAUAAAGCGUUCGCAAUGAAGGAAAAUGGCUCAGAUGUUGUGCAGCUCCACAUCAGUGGUCGUAACGAAAUAGAAGUGUUGGUGAAUGGAAAUCUGAUGGAAUUUGAUGAACAGUUGAUGAUGGAUUUUAACGGCGUCAUUAUUUUAAAAUACAACAACACACCUAAAUACUCUGCCAUAUUUGAUUCUGGAAUAUCAGUCACGGUUGAGGAAGUUGAAGGAAUUUUACAAAUGAUUUUACUGGUACCUCCAAUGUUUAAAGGAAACACAAGUGGCCUUCUAGGAUUCUGGGACGGAGAUCAAGACAAAGAAUUCCUGCUCCCUAACGGACAAUUCCUGGAAACCAAUUCAAGCCAUAGCAGAAUUCACUACGACUUUGGACAGCUAUGGGCUACAUCUGUUAAUGAUUCGUUAUUCAUUUACGAAGAAGGCGAGGAUCACUCAACUUAUUUUGAUGCUGGGUACGUGCCGAUAUUUUUGGACAAGGAUGACUUGGUAUUUGAUAAUGUAACGCUGGGCAAGCAGGCUCGUGAUGCGUGUGCUGAUAACAAGCAAUGUCUUUUUGAUAUUUUCACCACCGGAAAAGUCAGCAUUGGAAUGGCCUCUAAGCAGGCUGUGGAAUCUUUCAUUGCAGUUGUUAAUGAAACGGAAACAGCAGGCUGUAUACCAAUUGGCAGCACACUGCAGAAUGGCUUAAUGCAAAGAAACGAAUCUGAAGAUGGAGGAAUGGUCUACCAAUUCUACUGUGAUAAAGGGUUCCUUCUUAACGGUCCUGCUGUCAUUCAGUGUAACCAAGGACAGUGGAAUGGCUCUAAACCAAGCUGUAAGUCAAAAGGUUAGUAUUUCUAAAGAGUAAAAUGUUGAGUAGGUAGUCAGUUUCCUUCAAACUCGCUACAGGAGUAAGUUUACCUUUAUCAACUUAUAUUUAGUUGAUUAUUACACGACUGAGAAAAUUACUUCUUUGUGAUUGGCUGAGAGCAGGCCAAUUUAUCGUUGUUAUUAAUUGCAUUACGGUGCCAGUCAACGCGCGCGCGUUCGUAACUUCCUCAGUUAUGAACGAGUAAUCGUAUAAAUGCAAGGCUGAGUUUACACUUGGUGCCCCAGCACUGGUGCCUGGGCACCGGCACAAAAUAGUCUUGCGUUCAGACAUGUGUACUCCAAGUACCCAAGUACCAUCUAGUGGGCGAAUUCUGGUGUAAGUACUUUGGGUAACAAUUGUCUUCACCUUAGUGUCCAGCUAGAAUCA